CUUCAUGCUGAUGGAAUAUAUUACCAAAGGAAUACUACAGUGUUUUGCUUCUACCUUUCCUUUAAACUAGAUGAAAAGAGACCAAAUGUAGGCAAGGUUAAUAGUUUUCUCCUUGCUUGUGGAUUGAAUACAUUCAAGUGGCUGGCUUCCCAGCCCCCCUGCAGGAGCAAAUACUAUUGGAACACUGAAUUGGGACAUUGUAUGCUGAAGCCUGGCUUGAUCUCUAUACGAUUGUGUGUAUGUUGUUGUUGGAAUUGGCAGGCCAACAGGCCCGGAAACAAGCAGGUGCUAUCUAUAUGGAGAAAAGCGGCUGUAGUCCAUUCCCAAUAUGCUGGGCUAAAGAAUAUGACAGAUACCUAGCAUCUAGCAAAACGAUGGCAGCAGCUUACCUUGAUCCAAACUUGAAUCAUACACCAAGUUCAAGUGCAAAGACACACCUCAGUACUGGCGUGGAGCGUUCCCCAGGGGCCAUGGAACGAGUCUUAAAGGUCUUCCAUUACUUUGAAAGUAGCAGUGAGCCAACAACGUGGGCCAGUAUUAUCCGGCAUGGAGAUGCUACUGAUGUCCGGGGCAUAAUUCAGAAGAUAGUGGACAGUCACAAAGUAAAGAAUGUGGCCUGUUAUGGAUUACGGCUUAGUCACCUGCAAUCUGAGGAGGUCCACUGGCUACAUCUGGACAUGGGUGUAUCCAAUGUGAGGGAGAGGUUUGAAUUAGCCCACCCUCCAGAGGAAUGGAAAUAUGAAUUGCGAAUCCGAUAUUUACCAAAAGGAUUUCUGAAUCAGUUUACUGAGGACAAGCCAACACUAAAUUUUUUCUAUCAGCAGGUGAAAAAUGAUUAUAUGUUAGAAAUAGCAGAUCAAGUGGACCAGGAAAUUGCUUUGAAGCUAGGUUGCCUUGAAAUCCGGAGAUCCUACUGGGAGAUGAGGGGCAAUGCACUAGAAAAGAAGUCCAACUAUGAAGUUUUAGAGAAAGAUGUUGGCUUAAAGAGAUUUUUUCCGAAGAGUUUGCUGGAUUCUGUAAAGGCCAAAACACUAAGAAAACUGAUUCAACAAACAUUUCGACAGUUUGCCAUCCUCAACAGAGAAGAAAGUAUUCAGAAAUUCUUUGAGAUCCUGUCUCCAGUAUACAGAUUUGACAAAGAAUGCUUCAAAUGUGCUCUUGGUUCAAGCUGGAUUAUUUCAGUGGAGCUGGCAAUUGGCCCAGAAGAAGGAAUCAGUUACCUUACAGACAAGGGCUCUAAUCCUACCCACUUGGCAGAUUUCAAUCAGGUGCAGACUAUUCAGUAUUCAAACAGUGAAGACAAGGACAGAAAAGGGAUGUUACAGCUCAAAAUAGCAGGAGCACCUGAGCCUCUGACAGUGACAGCACCAUCCUUAACCAUUGCAGAGAAUAUGGCUGACCUGAUAGAUGGAUAUUGCAGACUGGUGAACGGAGCCACGCAGUCUUUUAUCAUCAGGCCUCAGAAAGAAGGUGAAAGAGCUUUACCAUCAAUACCAAAGCUGGCCAACAAUGAGAAGCAAGGAGUAAGGUCACAUACAGUCUCUGUAUCAGGAGUCAGUCACUGUCAGCAUAAAGUAAAGAAAGCUAGGCGCUUUCUCCCUUUCGUCUUCUGUUCCCAUGAGCCACCGCCUAAGGAUGAAAUUAGUGGGGACGAAACAGAUGACUAUGCAGAGAUUAUAGAUGAAGAAGAUACUUACACAAUGCCUUCAAAAAGCUAUGGAAUAGAUGAAGCCAGGGAUUAUGAGAUUCAGAGGGAGAGAAUUGAACUGGGACGCUGUAUCGGUGAAGGACAGUUUGGAGAUGUACAUCAAGGAGUUUACAUGAGUCCAGAAAAUCCAGCCAUGGCUGUUGCAAUCAAAACAUGUAAAAACUGCACUUCAGACAGUGUGAGAGAGAAAUUCUUACAAGAAGCCUUAACAAUGCGUCAGUUUGAUCACCCUCACAUUGUGAAGUUGAUUGGAGUUAUUACGGAAAACCCAGUCUGGAUAAUCAUGGAGCUCUGUACACUAGGGGAGCUGAGAUCAUUUUUGCAAGUAAGAAAAUACAGUUUGGAUCUGGCCUCUUUGAUACUCUAUGCUUACCAGCUUAGCACAGCACUUGCCUACUUAGAGAGCAAAAGAUUUGUACAUAGGGAUAUUGCUGCUAGAAAUGUGCUGGUAUCCUCCACUGAUUGCGUGAAAUUAGGUGACUUUGGUUUGUCCCGAUAUAUGGAAGACAGUACUUACUAUAAAGCUUCCAAAGGAAAAUUACCUAUCAAAUGGAUGGCUCCAGAGUCAAUCAACUUCCGACGUUUUACCUCAGCUAGUGAUGUGUGGAUGUUUGGUGUGUGUAUGUGGGAAAUUUUAAUGCAUGGAGUAAAGCCCUUCCAAGGAGUGAAGAACAAUGAUGUGAUUGGUCGAAUUGAGAAUGGUGAACGGUUACCAAUGCCUCCAAACUGCCCUCCUACUCUCUACAGCCUUAUGACCAAGUGCUGGGCAUAUGACCCCAGCAGACGACCUAGGUUUACUGAACUUAAAGCACAGCUCAGUACAAUACUGGAGGAAGAGAAGCUGCAGCAAGAAGAACGAAUGAGAAUGGAAUCAAGGCGGCAAGUCACAGUGUCCUGGGAUUCAGGAGGAUCAGAUGAAGCCCCUCCCAAGCCCAGCAGACCUGGUUAUCCCAGUCCAAGAUCCAGUGAAGGGUUUUAUCCUAGUCCACAGCAUAUGGUACCGCCCAAUCAUUACCAGGUCUCUGGCUAUCCUGGUUCUCAUGGGAUACCAGCCAUGGCAGGCAGCAUUUAUCCUGGCCAGGCAUCUCUUUUGGAUCAAGCAGAUUCCUGGAAUCAUCGGCCUCAGGAAAUAUCAAUGUGGCCCCCCACCAUGGAGGAUUCUGGCACUUUGGACAUGCGAGGAAUGGGACAGGUCCUACCAACACAUCUAAUGGAGGAGAGAUUGAUACGACAGCAACAAGAAAUGGAGGAAGAUCAGCGCUGGCUUGAAAAAGAGGAGAGAUUCCUGAAACCUGAUGUGCGGCUCUCCAGAGGCAGCAUAGACCGAGAGGACGGGAGCCUCCAGGGCCCGGCUGGUAACCAGCACAUAUAUCAGCCUGUGGGUAAACCAGAUCAUGCAGCUCCGCCAAAGAAGCCACCUCGUCCUGGAGCCCCCAGCCAUUUGGGCAGCCUUGCCAGUCUCAACAGCCCUGUGGACAGCUACAAUGAAGGAGUGAAGCCAUGGAGGCUUCAGCCACAGGAAAUCAGCCCUCCCCCCACUGCCAAUUUGGAUCGGUCCAAUGACAAGGUGUAUGAGAAUGUAACUGGACUCGUGAAAGCUGUAAUAGAAAUGUCCAGUAAAAUCCAGCCUGCCCCUCCAGAGGAGUAUGUGCCCAUGGUGAAGGAAGUUGGUUUGGCACUACGAACUUUACUGGCAACAGUAGAUGAGACCAUUCCAGUGCUCCCUGCAAGCACUCAUCGAGAGAUUGAAAUGGCACAGAAGCUAUUGAACUCUGACUUGGCUGAACUGAUUAACAAGAUGAAAUUGGCCCAGCAAUACGUCAUGACUAGCCUGCAGCAGGAAUACAAAAAGCAAAUGCUCACAGCUGCUCAUGCUCUGGCUGUGGAUGCCAAAAACUUGCUGGAUGUUAUUGAUCAAGCCAGAUUGAAAAUGAUUGGUCAGUCCAGACCCCAUUAAACACCGAGGAAGAAUUUUUUGUCAUUCUUUUUACGAAUAUUGCUCAUGUAAGGAUGUUCUCUAGCCUUCCACCAGUGGUGAGGAUUAACCCUGCAUAGUCCAGGAUUUCCAGUGACUCCUGCUUCAUCAGACCUGAUUGACAGCUGUUGGUUUUUUCUCUCUCUCUCUCAUUAUAAAAGUUUAACCAUGUUUUUACCAGAUGGUCUGGGAUUCAAAAUGUGGCAUUAUCACAGAAUGAAGUUUGUACAGAAGCCCUUGGGAAUUGUGACUGGGGAAAACAAUUACAUUUUACAUCAUCACAUAGGAUGUGCAUUACCUAAAAUUGCCAAGGGGUUACAAUCUCAGAGCCAGGACUGUCCGAGCUGCAGACUGGAGAAAAAUAUUGUGAAGUGAAGAAUUCUGGGAAACCUCAGGGCUGAGAAUUCUUGCCCACAGUAUGCGAGCUAUCCAGACUGGAAUUUUUUAUUAGAACACUUACGUCGCAAUAUGCUAAUCACAAUUUACAGAGAAAGAAAAUUUAAAAAGCUAUAUUUUCAAGAUUUCAGUCAUUUCAAAAGAAGCUAAAACCCUCUUCAUCUUUCUGCCUUUUACUUUUAUGUGGAUAUGUGAAACGUUUGUUUGGAAACUAGCUGUAGAACACAACUGAAAACUCUUGUAUGUCUUUUCACCAGAAUAACUUGCCAGUUUUUUGUAGCAAUGUUAUUUUCCUUGGAAGCAGAAAGCUGCUUUGUACCAGAGCAACUCAGAGCCGCAUUUAGAAGAGAAGUUCUGUAACCAUAUGUGUUCCCCAUUUUUAUAUAAUUUAUACAGAAAGAUUAAAGCCAUGUUGAAUAUUUUAAACCCACUGUAGUUAACUAACCCAUCUCUGAGUCUAUCUUGCCUGGGAGGAGUUACAGCAGAGCAGUGUGAAUGUUUUCUUUCAUUUUUUUUCCAGUUAUACCAUCUGUUCUGUUAAAUAAAAACCACCAUGCUCCCUUUGGUUUGAUGGGGGAUAUAAAUUAUUCUCAGGAAGAAUAUAAUGAACUGUACAGUUACUUUGACCUAUUAAAAAGGUGUUACCAGUGAAGUCCUGGCUGUAACGUUUCUUCCUACGCUGCAGAGCACAAAGCAUUUGGGGGGAGUUUUCUGACCUUGCUUUUCUCAUCAAUCCUAAAUUUCAACCGUUUAUAUAGACUUCAAAAAACAAAAGGGCACGAUCGGGAGGAAUGCCAAAAAACUGACCUUAUUGGUGAAUCCUCCCAUGUUAGGUAUACACAACUCUGCUGAGCAUUUCUCCACCCAGUCCUAAAGUUCAGGGAGUAAAAAAUACACAUUCCUACAACCUAGUCCAAAAACCCCCCCAAAGCAACAGAAAGCUUAAGCUAAGGCAAAUCAAGUUUUUUCAGCAGUAUAUAAUCCUUCAGUUUCCCUGGGCUCCACAGGUUCCUGUCCUGAUAGCACAGAUAAGCAGCCAUUUUCUCCUCUCAGAGCCCCUUCCUUAGCAUUCCUGUAUUUUGAUAUCCUGGCUUUAAGGAAUGCCUAGUUGUUUUAUAUAUGCUAAAAUCUUCCCCCUAACACCACAAAGGCAUAUCUCUUCAGGGCCAAUGAAAUCACGUGGAGUUUCUAGGCUAACCCUUUUAGGAAUUAACCCCUACAAAAUCCUUAAAAACAAGUGAACUUAAUGUAAAUGAUCAAAAUACUAUGCAUUUCUAAGUUUAUGUAACCAAAAUUUCCCAGAACUGAAAUUUCAGGAAGAUAAAGUUGAAAAUAGGGCUCUCUCUGAGAAUUUCAGUUUCCUCCUUAACUAGAGAUGCGUUGAUUGCUUUUCCAUUCAAAUACAUUUUAAAAUAGGAUAUACUUUCUUCAGUUGUCAACUUAUUUAUAACUGUGGCUGUCAGUUAACAGUCCAGUGAAGUUACCAUUCUCCUGCUAUAUAGACAUGAAUUGAGCCUGCAUUGAGACUUUGAACACCAACGUUCAGAGUUUUCUGUAUAUAUUUCAAAAUACCAUGGAAAUGUAAGUUUAGCUACUCUGCUUAUUUUGAUAGAUGGAGUGCAGGGGCAUUCAUGACACCUCUGAUCUUUGUCCAACUUCUUUGCUGCUUCAGCAUAAUAUGCUCAGGCAGCUCAGCGUUUAAUCCAAGAAAAAUGGAAAUCCAGUGCUGCACAAGUGGUGGGAUUGAAAGCAAAGCAUAAACUGAAGGAUGGGCUGAGAACUCAGGACUAAAGUCAGAGAUGCAGUGUGGUUUCUGUCUUCAUCUGAAACUCCUGUACACAGACAAUAAGACAAGUUAAAACACAGAAUCUCACCUAAAAUUGGUAUUUCAGAAUUCAGUGUUUUUUAAAUGAGGUAACUUCCUGGCUUAAUUUACCAGGAAAGUGACCGUCCCUAGGGGGCACUCACACAUGUAUCUACUAACACUUGCUGUGGAUAAAUGAGCCAUCUAUCCAUUUAAAAGUUGCACUAUGGAUUUACCUUGUUAGACUUUAUUUUAAAAAUACCUUUGUUUUUCAUACAAUUGAAUUUCUGAAUAGAGAUUUAGGAAUUACUAAUGGGUUCCUGUGAAAAGUGAGUCAGUUUCUUGGGCUGCUUUCAGGUUUUGGUUAAAAAAGGCAAAGAUACUGAAGAGAAACAGAAGGGGGAGCCCAUGACAGAGAGCUCUUUAGGAUUUAUGGAGGUCGACCUGAAAAAGUUUCAUUAUAGAACUGCAACUUCAGAGUUUUGGUUCAGUUUGUGGGCAUUUAUUUUAUCUUUCCCUUGUAUUCAGAGUACUUGGUGGUGGUGUUGGGAAAGAUUUUGGCUUUCUUCCUACAUGAUCUAAUCCAGGAUUCUCCAACAGGGAGGUCAUGAUAUUACAUGUGGGGUGCAAGCCCUCCAACCCAAACCUCACUUUGCCUCCAGCACUUAAGUGUUUUUAAUUUAUAUAGAGUUGCACUGAUUGAUAGGUUUGCUGUGUGAAAGGGGUCACCAAUACAAAAGUUUGAGAACCACUGAUCUGUAGGUUUCUUAAACUGAGGUUGCAAAGUUAAAUUCAAGUCAGUUGAAUAGGGGUUCUCCCCACUCUGAUUCAACAGGCAAAGAUUUUAAUAGAGUUGGAUGUUAGCAAAAGUGCAUUAAUUACAGAAUAACUUUUUAUAAGUUCUAAGUUGCAUUCUGUGAUGCACAGCUUUGUAAAGAAAUUUGGAUUAGUCUAAAAAUAUUCAUAAUAGCUUUAAGUAUUCUUCUCUACUAACUGAUAAAUGCCUUUUCUGGUAAUUUAACCAGCUUGCACGUUUCAAUGAAAGGGGGAAAGAGGUGGCAAAGUAAAACUUCACCUUAAGUGUUUUCCCAAGUUUAAUAUUCUUACCCUGAGAGAAGUGUAGGUCACAUUUAUUAAUUAAAAAUCAGGGUUUAAUUUAAAGCUAAGCUGUACAAAACAUUGAAUAAAACAGAAGCCUUCUUAGGGGAGAGCAGAUCCUCAGUGUUUUGUCUUAAGCAUAAGCCUCUGACAUGUAUUUAUGAUGAAAAAUAAAAACACUGGUGUAGAUGUGAGUUGAAUAUAGCCUUUAUAUCAUACAACUACACAGUGAAAGCUUCCUCAAAACAGGUGCAUACCAUAGCCCUUCUCUUCAUUCAUACGUAAGAUGAAAGUUCACGUGUGCCGAUAUGGUCUAUUGUCUGGGGCCAGGACCUGAUUACAGUAUAAGCAGAUUGUUGCAGCAGGACCAAAAAAAAAAAAAAAAAAAAAAACAAACCACACACCACACCACAAACAGUUUUAUCAUUCACCUUCUCUAGGCAAAAACCCAAGUUUUUGUUUUAAUGGCUUACCAAAAAGGAGGUAGCAG